AGUCCGUCCUGGAUUGCGUCGGGAGAGGCCUGUUCGUGGACCUGAACCCUGGGGCUGCUGGUCCUCCCGCGCCCGCUGGUUGCCUCAUGGUGCGGGCCGCGGCCGCCAGCCCCCGUGCGGAUCUGCGGCGCUGAGGCGCCGGGGCAGCGCGCGACAUGUCGUCGGGCCUCCGCGCCGCCGUCUUCCCCCGCUGGAAGCGCCACAUCUCGGAGGAGUUGAGGCGCCGGGACCGGCUGCAGAGGCAGGCGUUCGAAGAGAUCAUCCUGCAGUAUAACAAGUUGCUGGAAAAGUCAGAUCUUCAUUCAGUGCUGGCCCAUAAGCUACAAGCUGAAAAGCAUGACAUACCAAACAGGCAUGAGAUAAGUCCUGGACAUGACGGUGCAUGGAAUGAUAGUCAGCUGCAAGAAAUGGCCCAGCUGAGGAUUAAACACCAAGAAGAGCUGACGGAAUUACACAAGAAACGUGGGGAGUUAGCUCAGUUGGUGAUUGACCUGAAUAACCAAAUGCAGCAGAAGGACAAGGAGAUGCAGAUGAAUGAAGCCAAAAUUGCAGAAUGCUUGCAGACCAUCUCUGAUCUCGAGACCGAGUGCCUGGAACUACGCACUAAGCUUCAGGACCUGGAAAGAGCCAACCAGACCCUGAAGGACGAAUAUGAUGCCCUGCAGAUCACUUUCACUGCCCUGGAGGAGAAGCUGAGGAAGACUACUGAGGAAAACCAGGAGCUGGUCACCAGAUGGAUGGCUGAGAAAGCCCAGGAGGCUAAUCGCUUAAAUGCGGAGAACGAGAAGGAUUCGAGGUGGGAGAUGAGUCGGCAGUCAGUGGUUUCCAUCAUUUAAUAAAGUCGAACCUAGUUCUUAGAAAAGAAAGAAACCAACCUGGCAGCUCUGACCACAGGGUGGGGACACCAGGAAGCACUAACAAAAUUAGAAAUAGUGGUGGUGCGUAUAAAAGAGAUUUGCAUUUUUAAGAACACUUUUACAGCUGAGCAAAGGAUUACCUCCCAAAAGGGCUUUGGCCCGUUGUUGUUUUUGCCAGUGAAUUCUUUCCGUGUUUCAAGAAGAAAAGCUAGUUCUUGAACAGUGUAAAUUAAACCAGAAUUAGAAAAAGCUUAUAAUCCCCCCCGCCCCACC